CACGCGGGUGGAAUUGUGGCUGGGACUCGCGGGGUGCCGAGGUCGGGGGACACACAAGGUCUCCCAGGCCUAGUCGCCCCUGCCCGGCCGGCGUGUUUUCCCGUCUCUUUAGUUCAUGCUCUGUGCUCUGUUUAGCGUCUUUGGGUGCCAAAGAUACUAAGAUAAAGCCCCAUCUUGGCCCUUCAGUAUUCCACAGCCCGGAAGUGGAGCCGGACAACAAAAUAACUACAUCCCGUAUGUUCAAUAAUAAAGUACUGAAGGUCCUAGAUACCAGCGCGGUAUCCAAAGAGAGGGAUUAACCCUGGGUCAGGACUGCAGCCUCUGGGAACUGGGCCUGUUCACCUUUUGCUGCUGGAUCUAGAAACCGGAAGGCAUCCCUGAGUCCAUUCUCUGCUUUACUCCCAGUUGAUCGCUAUGUUCAGGAGAUUUUACCUGCACUUAUUUUAACUAGCCUGUAUUUCUGUCCAUCCCCUCUGCAGUUACUCUACCAUCAUUUCUUACCAGCACUUCUUCGGAGCCUGUUGUUUCCACUCCUGGCAGAUGAUCCUUACACUCCCAAAUCCAUAAGGAUCUGCCAUGCUUUCCUCAUCCUGCCUCUCCUCUGCCUUAUAAGGCAGUUGCUUCCCAUUUAAGGUCUUCAAAGACCUUCACCAUGUGGUUUUUACCUAUCUUUCCUAAUUUCUCACCACUCUCUAGCCUCUGCCCCAGUGAGUUGACUUCCUUUAAUGCUGUUCCCUGGGCAUUGUACUUGGGGUUCCGUUUGGUAGGCAUUCUUCAGAUAUUUAGUUAAAGGCCACCUCUACCAGGAGGCCCUUCCUGACUCCCUCAACUAAGUCAGGCCAUAUGUUCCUUUAGUAUCCUGUAAUUCCCUGAACUGAGUGUUUUAUUAUGUUGUUACUGGGUUGGCCAAAAAGUUCAUUUGGUUGUUUCCAUAAGAUGGCUCUAGAAGUGCUUAGUUGUCUUUUAACUUCAUUCGAAACAGUUCUGUCAGAUUGUAUGGUGACAACUGUCAUAUCAGCAUGCAUUUAAAAAAUUUAUCAAAAUUGGUGAUUUUUGUGUAGUCAUUUUAAUAUUGAAGAUGGAAGAAAGCACACAACAUUUUUGGCAUAUUAUGCUGUAUGAUUUCAAGAAAAGUAAACGUGCAACUGAAAUGCAAAAAAAGAUUUGUGCAGUGUGUGGAGAAGGUGUUGUGACUGAUCGAAUGUGUCAAAUGUGGUUUGUGAAGUUUCAUGCUGAAGAUGUCUUCCUGGAGAUGCUCCACAGUCCAGUAGACCAGUCAAAGUUGACAGUGAUCCAACUGACACCUUAAUUGAACAAGCAACGUGAUACCACUCAGGAGAUAGCUGACAUACUCAAAAUAUCCAAAUCAAAAAAGGAAGGAUUUUCAGAAUGGCUGCGGCUCCUCAGGCACCAGGGAGGGGCUCUGUUCGGAAGACAAGACCUUUAACUGUAAAGACGUCGUUGAACAACCCAUAUACUAUCUGCUGGAGUGCUCUGGAGAGAGAGGAUAUGCACUUCAUCUUACAAACACUUGAAGAUAGAUUUAAAUCUGUUGGGCUUGAGAAGAUUGAGGAUAAGAGGAGAAAUAAAAAGCAGCAUUUUUCAAAAAAACAAGGCAGAGAGAAAUGUAGAAUAGAUGUCGGUAUGAGUGAGGAUCUGGAGGAAAAACCAGAAGAUAACCAACAAGUGUCAGGGUGGACUUCUGUCCACGUCAGGAAGCAGCUUGCCAUUGGCGUUAAUGAAGUGACCAGGGCUCUGGAAAGGAACGAACUGCUUUUAGUUCUAGUGUGUAAGUCAGUCAAGCCCACAAUCAUCACCUCACACCUGAUUCAGUUAAGUGUAAGCAGAAUGGUUCCUGCUUGUCAGGUUCCCCGUCUCAGUGAGAGAAUUGCACCUGUCAUUGGCUUAAAAUGUGUCCUGGCCUUGGGAUUCAAACGGAACACCACUGACUUUGUCGAUGCAGUAAAAGCUAUAAUCCCCAGAGUACCCAGUUUAAAUGUACCAUGGCUUCAAGACAUAACUGCGGACUCCAAGGAACAUUCAGAGUCUGACUCUUUGGAAAAUGAAGACAAAGAGAUUUUGGACACCUCCUUUGAAGACCUCUCUAAACGUAGGAGAAAGCCAGUGGAAGGUCAGCAGGCUGUAGUGCUGCAACCCCUUAAAAUAAAGAAACUGAUUCCAAACCCUAAUAAAAAGAGGAAACCACCCAAAAGUAAAAAAAUGACUUCAAAGUAAUCUUGUGUAAACUUGUCACUUCAUACAAUUGGAAAAUGACACCUUGUAAAAAAAAAACCUUGAAUAAAUUGUUACUUUUACAUAGA